UAAAAUAUAUCCCGUUUUAUUCAAAUCACUCAUCUCAUUCACAGAGUUAUUAUGGCUUCCAUGGUGCCUUAUCCUUCCAUAUCUACGCCGAGAAGAACCACUAUUUGCUUCUUUGAUUGGAACAAAAACCGCAGCACAGCAGAACAGCACAAGCCACAGCCCAAGUACCACCAUGACAUUACUCUCCCUUUCCCUAAAUCUCUGCUCGCUAAAACUCACCUCAGAGAAAGGGAGCUGAAGUGCUGUUAUCGAGCAUCCAUAGAUGGCUUCAGUGCUACUGAUUUUCACAUCCAGUGUGAUUUCAAAGGUCCUUGUGUAGUGAUAGGAUACACUGACAGACACUUUAAGUUCGGCGCAUUCAAUCCUGAAGGAUACCGUAGCACAGAUGAUUAUUACGACACAUUUGAUGCAUUUUUGUUCUACUGGAAAGAAAUUGAAGGUGGUGAUGAGGAGCCAAUUGUUCUGCCCAAAGUAGGGGGCAGCGGUGCUGCGCUGUUCGAUUAUGCGAGGGGAGGUCCUCAGUUUGGAGCUGAUGGACUACUUAUCGGUCCGCCGCUUGCGCCGGUGAUGGGAGGGUUCGCCGGACCUGACACAAACUCCGGCGUCGGAGAUCUCUGUCAGGCGAAGUCGAGAUUGGGUUUGUCUUAUGCGAGAAGGGAGGAUGGGAAAAAAUCUCUUUUUGGGAAUGAGUCGAGAGCUACUCUGGUUGAGGUGCAGGUAUUUUGCAGCCCACAGAUAGCAGAUUUAUAUUAGGGAAGUAGGGGAAAAAAAUAGAUCUUUAUGAAAGGAGUUUUUGGGUUAAUUGCAGCCGGGCUCCGUUCAUGAAGGAUUCUGACCUAACUUCAGCUCUGAAAGUAGGAGAGAGUGUUCAUGUGUUUGUUUCGUUCUAAUGGUUUUUGCAGCAAACAUGCUAGAGAUUGGCUCUCUCUCUCGAUAAUAGUUGAUAUUUUCAAUAAGAUUUUGUAUGUAAAAAACGCCGGCUGCCUCCCGCACUAAA